AGCCCCGGGGCUGACCCCGGGGCCAGGGGCGGAGUCGAGAGGCCUAGCGCAGGUAAUGGCUGUCGGGCGCUCGGCCGCGCCAGACUGCAGAUGGGGACAUGAGGCACAGAGACGUUAAGUAAUUUGCCCAAGAUCACACAGCUAAGGAUUUUGAUGCCGGCGGCGGGGAGCAGAGCCUGAGCUGGACCGCCAGAGCGUGGGGGCCGGGGACGAUGGCAGUGCGGCUCUGGGCCCUGGCCCUGCUGGGCCUGGCGGGCGCGGGCCUGCAGUCCCCCCGGAAGCUGGACUUCUUCCGCAGCGAGACGGACCUGAACCACCUGGCCGUGAAUGAGACGUCGGGCACGGUGUACCUGGGGGCCGUGAACGCGCUCUACCAGCUGAGCGCCGCCCUGCAGCUGGAGCAGCAGGUGGCCACGGGCCCGGCCCUGGACCACAAGAAGUGCACCCCGCCCAUCGAGCACAGCCAGUGCCACGAGGCCGAGCUGACCGACAACGUCAACCAGCUGCUGCUGCUGGACCCGCUGCGGGGGCGCCUCAUCGAGUGCGGCAGCCUCUUCAAGGGCAUCUGCGCCCUGCGCUCCCCGGGCAACAUCUCCGUGCGCCUCCACUACGAGGACAGCAGCGGCGAGCGCUCCUUCGUGGCCAGCAACGACGAGGGCGUGGCCACGGUGGGGCUGGUGAGCGCCCCGCAGCCCGGCCGCGAGCCCCUGCUGUUCGUGGGCAAAGGCAACGGGCCGUUCGACAACGGCGUCAUCGUGAGCACCCGCCUGCUGGACCGGGCCGGCGGCCGGGAGCCCUUCGAGGCCUACAGCGACCAGGCCACCUACAAGGCCGGGUACAUGUCCAGCAACACCCAGCAGUUCGUGGCCGCCUUCGAGGACGGCCUCUACGUCUUCUUCGUCUUCAACCAGCACGACAAGCACCCGCCGCAGAACCGCACGCUGGUGGCCCGCAUGUGCAAGGACGACUCCUACUACUACUCCUACCUGGAGAUGGACCUGCGGUGCCUGGACCCCGGGGACGGCGACGGCCCGGCCGCCGCCUUCAGCACCUGCCUGGCGGCCUCGGUGGCCACGUCGGGCGCCGGCAGGGUGCUCUACGCCGUCUUCACCAGGGACGAGCAGAAAGGCGGGGGGCCUCGUGCGGGCCUCUGCCUGUUCCCGCUGGCCCAGGUCAACGCCCAGAUGCAGGCCAACCGCAACGCGUGCUACACGGGCCACGCCAAGGCCGGCCACGACACCUUCUACAAGCCCUUCCACGGCGACAUCCAGUGUGGCGGCCACGGCCCGGACGCCAGCCAGAGCUUCCUGUGCGGCUCAGAGCACCUGCCCUACCCCCUGGGCAGCCGGGAGGGCCUCACCGCCACGGCCGUGCUGCAGCGCCGAGGCCUGAACCUGACGGCCGUGACCGUGACCGCCGAGAACGGCCACACCAUCGCCUUCCUGGGCACCUCCGACGGCCAGGUCCUCAAGGUGUACCUGGCGCCGGACGGCAGCUUCGUGGAGUACGGCUCCAUCCCCGUGGAGAUCAACAAGAGGAUCAAGCAGGACCUGGUGCUGUCUGCAGACCAGGCCAGUCUGUACGCCAUGACGCAGGACAAGGCCUUCCGGCUUCCCGUGCAGGAGUGUCUGAGCUACGAAAACUGCACCCAGUGCCUCGGCUCCCAGGACCCCUACUGCGGCUGGUGCAUCGUGGAGGGCCGGUGCACCAGGAGAGCCGAGUGCUCGCGGGCUGACGAGAGCGGACACUGGCUGUGGAGCCGCGGGGAGGCCUGCGUGACCGUUACUGGGGCCCGCCCCCAGAACAUGAGCUGGUGGGCCCGGGGCGAGGUGCAGCUGACGGUCAGCCCCCUCCCGGCCCUCGGCGAGGAGGACAAGCUGCUGUGCCGUUUCGGGGACUCGCCGCCUCACCCUGCCCUCGUGCAGGGCGACGUGGUCGUCUGCAACUCCACCAGCAUCGUGCCCGGCACACCCCCCGGCCAGGGUGAGGCCCGCCGGCCACCCGACCACGUGGACGUGAACAUCCAGCUCCUCUUCCUGCGCGGCGGCAUCUUCCUCACCUCCCACCAGUACCCCUUCUACGACUGCCGCAACGCCACGAGCCUGGCGGAGAACCUGCCGUGCAUCUCCUGCGCCAGCAGCCGCUGGACCUGCCAGUGGGACUUGCGCGCCCACCAGUGUCAGGAGGCCUCCAGCGACCCCGAGGACGGCGUCGUGCCCGCUCACACGGAGGACAGCUGCCCCCAGUUCCUGGACCCCAGCCCGCUAGUCGUCCCCGUGAACCACGAGACGGAGGUGGUCUUCCAGGGCAAGAACCUGGACACGGUGCAGGGCUCCCUGGUCGUGGGCAGCGACUCGCCCAAGUUUGAGGUGCCGGUGAGCACGCGGGAGAAAGGAACCUUCUUCUUUCGGACCCCAAAGCUGUCCCACAAUGGGAACGAGACGCUGCCCCUGAACCUGUACGUCAAGUCUGACGGCGGCAGGAACGUGGACAGCAAGCUCCAAGUGACUCUCUACAACUGCUCCUUCGGCCGCAGCGACUGCAGCCUGUGCCUGGCCGCCGACCCCGCCUACCAGUGCGUGUGGUGCGGCGGGCGGAGCGGCUGUGUGUACCAGGCGCUGUGCAGCAACGCCACCUCCGAGUGCCCGCCGCCCGUCGUCACCAGGAUCCAGCCGGAGACGGGCCCCCUGGGCGGCGGCGUCCGCGUCACCAUCCUGGGCUCGAACCUGGGGGUCCGGGCGGACGACGUCAAGAGGGUCACUGUGGCUGGCCGGGACUGCGCCUUUGACCCAGAACGGUACUCUGUGUCCACCCGGAUCGUGUGCGCCGUCGAGGCCGCGGGGGCGCCCCUCACGGGGGGCGUCGAGGUGGACGUCAACGGGAAGCUCGGCCGCUCGCCGCCGCACGUCCAGUUCACCUACCAGGAGCCCCAGCCCCUCAGCGUGGAGCCCAGGCAGGGGCCGCAGGCGGGUGGCACCACGCUGACCAUCAGCGGCGCCCACCUGGACACAGGCUCCGAGGAAGACGUGCGGGUGACCAUCAAUAACGUCCCUUGUAAUGUGACGCAGUUCGGGGCGCAGCUCCAGUGUGUCACCGGCCCCCAGGCAGCCCUGGGGGAGCUGCCCCUGAAGAUCGACUACGGGGGCUCCGAGGUGCCCAGCGCCGGGGUCACCUUCACCUACCGCGAGAACCCGGUGCUGCAGACCUUCGAACCCCUGCGCAGCUUCGUCAGCGGCGGCCGCAGCAUCAACGUGACCGGGCAGGGCUUCAGCCUGAUCCAGAAGUUCUCCAUGGUGGUCCUCGCCGUGCCCCUGCAGCCCUGGCGGCACCAGCGGGACGCCAGACCCCUGGAACCCACCCUGGUGGUGGGCACGGACUACACGUUCUACAACGACUCCAGGGUCGUGUUCCUGUCCCCGACCGUCCCCGUGGAGCCGGAGGCCUACAACCUCACGGUGCUCCUUCAGAUGGACGGGCACCGCAUCCCGCUUAGGUGUGGCGCUGUGGCCUUUGAGUACGUGGCUGACCCCACCUUCAAGAACUUCACAGGGGGCGUCAAGAAGCAGGUCAACAAGCUCAUCCACGCCCAGGGCACCAACCUGAACAAGGCCAUGACGCUGCACGAGGCGGAGGCCUUCGUGGGUGCCGAGCGCUGCAUCAUGAAGACGCUGACGGAGACCGACCUGUACUGCGAGCCGCCGGAGGUGCAGCCCCCUCCCAAGCGGCGGCAGAAGCGAGACACCACGCUCAACCUGCCGGAGUUCAUCGUGAAGUUUGGCUCCCGGGAGUGGGUGCUGGGUCGCGUGGAGUAUGACAGCCGUGCGAGUGAAGUGUCUCUCGGUGUCAUCCUGCCGCUGGUCAUACUGCCCAUGGGCGUCCUCAUCGCCCUGUUUGUCUACUGCUAUUGGAGGAAGAGCCAGCAGGCGGAGCGCGAGUACGAGAAGAUCAAGUCCCAGCUAGAGGGCCUGGAGGAGAGCGUGCGUGACCGCUGCAAAAAGGAGUUCACGGACCUGAUGAUUGAGAUGGAGGACCAGACGAGCGACGUGCACGAGGCGGGCAUCCCCGUGCUGGACUACAAGACGUACACCGACCGCGUCUUCUUCCUGCCCUCCAAGGACGGCGACAAGGACGUGAUGAUCACGGGCAAGCUGGACAUCCCCGAGUCCCGGCGGCCCGUGGUGGAGCAGGCCCUCUACCAGUUUUCCAACCUGCUCAACAGCAAGUCCUUCCUCAUCAACUUCAUCCACACCCUGGAGAACCAGCGGGAGUUCUCGGCCCGCGCCAAGGUCUACUUUGCGUCGCUGCUGACGGUGGCGCUGCACGGGAAGCUGGAGUACUACACCGACAUCAUGCGCACGCUCUUCCUGGAGCUCAUGGAGCAGUACGUGGUUGCCAAGAACCCCAAGCUGAUGCUGCGCAGGUCUGAGACGGUGGUGGAGAGGAUGCUGUCCAACUGGAUGUCUAUUUGCCUGUACCAGUACCUCAAGGACAGCGCUGGUGAGCCCCUGUACAAGCUCUUCAAGGCCAUCAAGCACCAGGUGGAGAAGGGCCCGGUGGACGCCGUGCAGAAGAAGGCCAAGUACACCCUCAACGACACAGGGCUGCUGGGGGACGACGUGGAGUACGCACCCCUGACGGUGAACGUGAUCGUCCAGGACGAAGGGGCAGACGCCGUCCCCGUCAAGGUCCUCAACUGCGACACCAUCUCACAGGUCAAGGAGAAGAUCAUCGACCAGGUGUACCGCACGCAGCCGUGCUCCCGCUGGCCCAAGGCGGACAGCGUGGUCCUCGAGUGGCGCCCUGGGUCCACCGCCCAGAUCCUGUCGGACCUGGACCUGACCUCCCAGCGGGAGGGCCGGUGGAGACGCAUCAACACCCUCAUGCACUACAACGUCCGGGACGGAGCCACUCUCAUCCUGUCCAAGGUGGGGGUCUCCCAGCAGCCUGAGGACAGCCAGCAGGACCUGCCCGGGGAGCGCCACGCCCUCCUGGAGGACGAGAACCGCGUGUGGCACCUGGUGCGGCCGGCGGACGAGGUGGAGGAGGGCAAGUCCAAGCGCGGCAGCGUGAAGGAGAAAGAGCGCACCAAGGCCAUCACGGAGAUCUACCUGACCCGCCUGCUCUCCGUCAAGGGCACACUGCAGCAGUUCGUGGACAACUUCUUCCACAGCGUGCUGGCUCCCGGCCUGGCCGUGCCGCCCGCCGUGAAGUACUUCUUCGACUUCCUGGACGAGCAGGCGGAGAAGCACGACAUCAGGGACGAGGACACCAUCCACAUCUGGAAGACCAACAGUUUACCGCUGCGGUUCUGGGUGAACAUCCUCAAGAACCCCCACUUCAUCUUCGACGUGCACGUCCAUGAGGUGGUGGACGCCUCGCUGUCCGUCAUCGCGCAGACCUUCAUGGACGCCUGCACGCGCACGGAGCACAAGCUGAGCCGCGACUCACCCAGCAACAAGCUGCUCUACGCCAAGGAGAUCUCCACCUACAAGAAGAUGGUGGAGGACUACUACAAGGGGAUCCGCCAGAUGGUGCAAGUCAGCGACCAGGACAUGAACACACACUUGGCGGAGAUUUCCCGGGCGCACACGGACUCCCUGAACACCCUGGUGGCCCUGCACCAGCUCUACCAGUACACACAGAAGUACUACGACGAGAUCAUCAACGCCCUGGAGGAGGACCCCGCUGCCCAGAAGAUGCAGCUGGCCUUCCGCCUGCAGCAGAUCGCGGCCGCACUCGAGAACAAGGUCACGGACCUCUGACCUUCAGGCCCCGCCACGUGGUCUCGGUCGGGGCGCAGCAGUGCCCGGCGCCCUCCAGCACCAGCUCCUCCUGAAGAACCAGCACCGGGCGCCGUCUCCGAGUGGAGUCCCCUGAGCUCUUCGCAAAUGUGCCUUUAGCCCCCGGCGCCGCCUGCGUCGCUAGGGGCGGUCGGGCCUCAGCCCCCUUCCCGACAAGCACCAGCAGCCGCCUCAGACACGUGGGUUUGGCCUCCUCGGGGCUCUGAGUGCCUGCAGCCCCCAGGCCCUCGCGCCCAGACUGCCCGCCCGCCCGCCCAGACGGGAGGAGAAAAGCGGUACGAUGCCUUCCUGACCUCACCUGGCCCGCUCUGCGGCGCCACGGCGCCCUGGGCGGGCUCUGCGCCGCCGGCCUCACCUCGAAGGUCAAGCUGGAUGUCAGACGUCGAGGCCCAGGCGGCCAGAGGGGACCCAUCAGACUGGGGGGCCUGGCCUCAGCCUGUCAGACAGGCUGUCCUGGAGGCUCUGCCCUGUCUGGGGGGCCGGCAGCUCAGCUAGGUCACCCCCCCUCCCCCCUUUUUGUAAAUCUUGUUCAUUGUAAAUCAAAUACAGCUGUGUUUUUCAUUCUG